AUGUUCGAAAAGGCGACACACGACGGGAAGCAUUGCUGGGUAGUUUUUUGUAGCAGUCCGGCAAGUAACUGGGUCGGCAGAGGGAGCCAGUGGGACGAUGACGACUGGCACUGCUGUGCAGCUAUCGUUGUUUCACCUGGUAAAGGUCAGGGGAAAUAUCUUGUUAUCAGCGACAAUGACCCUGUAAAGACUACAGUCAACUCUCGCAUCACAGAUGUUCUCUUUGGGUUGCAGAAAAACCUGUGGAAAACGAUUAGAGGCAGUAGAAAACAGUUGACUGUUUUGUACAAUACUGACCGCAGUGGGUUAGGAAGUAACGAGUGUCUGAAGUUGGCAUCGGAAAAGGUAUUAGAAUGGUCUCGUCUAACUGAAAUUGAACUCAGUAGGCUAUAUGGCCCAAAGUUUGAGGGGUUCAUCAAGCUAACAAAGUGUUGA